CCUGCCUACCUACAUCGACAUUGUGGUCCACUGUCUUUAUAUUACAAUGUAAGAAAACCAACAACUCUCUCAGUUUCACAAACUGUGUGACCAAACAUCAGUCAAGUCUUACCUGCAGACCACUGUGGAAAAACCUCUGGGGAUUCUGAUGAGGAUUAAAGUCACUGUCAGUGUUGUGCUUCAUUAUUUGUAGCGAGGUAUAUCGUAAUCUCGCGAGAUUUGGAGAGCCAAUCUGCGAUGCUUUCCCAGGUGCUGAGUUGAAGCAAGACGUGCUAAAUGGAUGAGGCGAAACACAGGGAGACUUAAUUGUGCAGUUAAUGGACGUAGGAGAUCACAUUGAUGUUAAUCCUUCAAGCCCCCAAACAUUUCCAUGGCUUUGGUCUUGCUCAUCGGUCUGGUGUCAGUACUUUUUACAUCCACCUGUGGAUUGAAUUUAACCAGCCCCUCUUCUGAAUACCAAGCAGCGCUAGGACAUGACAUCAGCCUCAGAUGCCAUUUCACCCUUGCUUCUGUGGAUGUUGGCGACUUGGAGAUUGAGUGGACGGUCAACCGUUCAGAUGGUCAAGAGGAAGAGGAACACCUCAUCUGUUACACUGAGAACGUACUACACCACUUCACUGGUUUUGAAGGCCGAGUCCACUUUUCCUCUCCAGAUCCCCAAGAUGGAGAUGCUUCACUAACCAUUAAACGUGUUAAGAUUACAGACAAAGGUACUUAUCAAUGUACAGUAAAAAAGUUUCGAGAAGUCCAAAGCAGUCAGAUUAAGCUGAUGGUAAUGGAGGAGGUGCCUGUUCCAGUUUAUGGUUCCGAUGGUGGCACUGAGUCUGAUGUGGACUUAAAGCUGAGGAACAGGUCUUCACUAGUCACCACCUUCCCUGCAAACUACAGUUUGUUGCCAUCCACCGAAACUUCUGCAAGCUCUCAUGAUGACUUGUCUUCACAAGACAAUGCAAAAACCACCACAGGAACCACCACUGUAAUCACCACAGGAACUAUCACAGGAACCUACCCUCACACACUCCAGGCAACUACUGUUGUGGUAAUGAUGUCAGUAUUCAACCAAGUUUUUGGAAUGGUCCAUGACACUGCUGAAACCCACACGGUUCAUUUGAACCUCACCACGGAAUCUCAAAACACUUCAUCACUGGAUGGGGCAGUAUCAAUCGCAGUGACUGUUCCCAUUACUUUCAUUAUCAUAAUUUCGGCAGGCAUAAUUUUCCGCUGCUGGAAACAAAAAAAACAGCAGAAGUCUGAUGAAGAAAAUGUCUCAGCUGAUGAAGAGAGGUUUGUCCCUGCACAGCCAGAAAUGACCACGAUGGUAGACUGUAUAGAGAACACAUGGAAUUUGUGGGAGAAGAUGGGCAUGGAACUUGAAGACAUAACCAUAACCCUUAUGAAAAUUAAGGAGGAGGAUUCUACAGAAGAGAUACCUGAAACAAAUGUGGAUUAUGAGGAUGGAGAAGUUAUGGGAGCAUUACUUUCAAAGAUUACCAGCUUGUGAGCUUUAAUUCAGCCCAGAGAAAGGCUUCUGUUAGUUUAAGUGUAAGUUUGGUCUGAUCACAAUGGUAUACUGAGAAAAUGGAUGGAAGUUUUUUACAGGGCCACUUGGGGCCAUCACUCAUUUGAAAUAAUGUUAUGUCAUUAUGUACUGACAUAGUGCAUCAUAGCUAGAAUUUGGUUGUUAUUGCAU